AUGCCGAUACAGGAUAGAAAAUAUGAAUCAGACUCAGAUACUGAAUCAGAUGCUGAUGAAAGGCCAACAGUUCGAAUAAUUAAGAAUAGAAAUAAAUCUGCUACAACGAAUACGAAUAUUGAACAUAAUUAUUCAACAGAACGAAAGAAGUCUGCGCAGUUAACUGUGGCCGCUGUUUCAGAAUUACGGGGAGUCGAUAAACGUCAACUAAAACAGUCAUCAAAUGCGACACAUCCACAGUCUUCAGUAAUUCAUCAUCAAACUGAGUCAGAUGAUGAACAGCCAUCAGCACCAACCAGUUUACCCAAAAAAACGGGAUUUUACCGUAUCAGAGAUGAUAGUGGGAUAUGUCAAAGAUUGCGUUAA